GCGAAACCCCCUGUUUCGGACGUGGAAACGACCCACGAAUGCGUAGUCGUGGAACUCCUCCCGGCCUCCUGGGUAUGGAAGCGACGGCGGCGGCGCGUGAUUCAGAGUAGCGACGACGGCGACGCAUGGUCCCUCCCGCCGCCCGCCACCAUCGUCGACAGCGACCUUUUCCCCGAUUGUACCUGCACCGGUUAGAGUUGGAGAAGACCAACCCCCGCCGUCUUGGGACCCGGUACCAUCCCCGAGAGGUACUUCUUGGGACCCGGUACCCCCAUUUUUUUGCAAUGAGUAUGGGGUUAAUGGAGCGCAUUAGGAAGAGAAGACAUGAGGAUGAUGAUGAUAUGAUGAUGUUCUUCCUUCCCGCAUUACAUUUGUUGCGUUCUAGUUCUCUUAAAGGGAGGAGGGUUAAGAAGCGACGACACACAUCCAAGCUAAGUGGCGAGGAGCAUGUUUUAGAGUUGCUUGAAGGGCAUGUCAAGAACUGCCGAGUAGCAUUCAGAAUGGAACCUGAAAUUUUUAGAGCCCUAGCCAGCUAUCUUAGGAAGGAAAGGUUGGUACGUGACACAAGGAUAAAAGUUGAGGAGAAGCUCGGCUUCUUUCUAUACAUGAUAAGCCAUAACGCUUCAUUCGAAGAUCUGCAAGAAGAGUUCGGGCAUAGUAGUGACACAUUCCACCAUCAUAUAAAACAUUUUUUUGACAUAGUUGUCCCUUCCCUCGCCAAACGAUUUUUGAAGCCUCCUUCUCCAAUGCAAGUACAUUUGAAAAUUGAAAGGAAUCCUAGGUUCUAUCCUUACUUCAAGAACUGCAUCGGUGCAAUUGAUGGCACUCAUGUGCCCAUUACAAUUUCACCUGACAAAGCUGCUCCUUUUAGAAACAGGAAGGGGACUCUCAGCCAAAACGUGAUGGUAGCUUGUGAUUUCGACCUAAAUAUCACUUUCAUGUCUACUGGAUGGGAGGGAUCCGCUACAGAUGCUAGAGUUCUUCGAUCUGCAAUGAACAAUGGAUUCCAUGUACCUCCAGGAAAGUUCUAUUUGGUUGAUGGUGGGUAUGCUAACACCACGUCAUUCCUUGCACCUUAUCGUGGAGUUAGAUACCAUCUAAAGGAAUAUGGGCAAGGUCACCGUAGACCUCAGAACUACAAGGAGUUAUUUAACCAUCGCCAUGCCAUACUGAGGAAUCAUGUUGAAAGGACUUUGGGGGUUGUGAAGAAGCGCUUUCCCAUCCUAAAAGCUGCCACAUUUCACAAAAUAAGGAAUCAAGUGAAGAUACCAGUAGCAGCUGUUGUACUUCACAAUAUUAUUCGGUCACUCAAAGGGGAUGAGGAAUGGUUAGAUAAUCAACCAGAUAAUAUUUCGCCACAAAACUUUGUUGAUCUACCGGAUGGCGAUCAAGGCAACGAUCAAGUAAAUGUCCAAGGAAAUAAUCUUAGAGAUGCAAUAGCACAAGAAAUGUGGAAUGAUUACCAAGAGCAUAGAAAUUAGUGGCACAUUUGUCUAAAAAAUUGGCACAUCUAUUAGCCCUCAUGUAUUCUGUUUUAGUUUGGAAUAGACCAUAUGUUGCUCUGUUCUACAUUUUAUUUACUGUCACAUUGUUACCUCUCUCAAUAUUUGGUUUAAUCCAUUUCUCAUUGUUUAGUAUCCUGAAACAUAAUAUCAUCUAAUUGUUUUCAUAAUAUAAAUUUUCUUUGUUCCUUUAGUUCCAAUUUCAGAAUAGAAAUUUCAGCUAACUGUUUUCAGCAUAGAAAUUUGGUUUAAUACUGUGUUAUAUAAUAUUAGUUAACAUGUUUGGAAGGGGUUCUCCAAGAAUCAACAUGCUCUUAUCAAAAAGUGCAACAAAGAAGCCUUCUCCUAAAGCUGGUGAUCCAAAAAAGCAUGGAGGUUCUCCAAAAGAGAAAUUAAGAGCCGCUUGGAACUCAACUCUAGAGAAAACUCUUGUGGACCUCUUGCAUGAGCACAAAACAGCUGAUUAUAGGGGUCAAAAUGGAUGGACAACAGAAGCAUGGAACAAAAUUGUCAAGGAAUUUCAUCAGAGGGAACAGUAUGUCUAUUUCACAAAGACACAAAUACAAGAUAAGGAAAGAGAGCUGAAAGGGGACUAUAGGUUGCUAAAGGAUGCAAAGAAUCAAAGUGGAGCUCAUUUUGAUGAGAAGAUAGGGAGGAUUACGGCUGACCCAGCUUUAUGGAAAAAUAUACUGACUUCUCAUCCUAAGGCUAAAAAGUUCCGCAACAAGUCUUUUCCUCUAUAUGAGGCCUUGGGGGAGCUUUAUGAUGGGCAAACAGCUGAAGGGACCUACAACUACACCUCCACCCAACUUCCAGAUCUUACUCAAGUAGGAAAUGGAGAUGAAUUUCUCAACAUAGAACAUGAACAAGAUGAAUUGGAAGAAAUCUUGCCUGCACAUGAAGAAGAUGAUGUCCAUGUAGUUAAGGCAGGAGAUGCAACCGGUGAAAGGCAUGAUCCGACGCCACAGAGAAGGACUACUGCUGCAAGAGGGAACAAUGAGGAAAUGAGGACAAAGAGGCAUAAAAAGGGCGAUAACCUAGAAGGAAUAAUGGGAAGAUACAUUGACAUGAGAAUGAAGCAAGCUGAGGAAGAAGCCACACAUCUAGCAAAAGAGAGGGAGGAAAAGGAAGUGAGUCAAGCUGCAGACUUCUCAAUCAAGAAGUGCAUAUCCAUUCUUGGUACAAUGGAAGUUACAAAGGAGGAAAAAGCAAAAGCCUACAAUGCCUUCAAAGACCUUGACAAUAGGCAAAUUUUCUUGAGUGCCUGCGAUGAUGAUGCUGAGUCUGCACUGAUUUGGUUGAGAAACGAGAUGGCUUAGCUGAAAUUACAACAAGGACUGCAGAGAAAUCCAGAAUCGCUUCCUUUUGAUGAGAUACUCUACUGUAACAUUGGAAAUCCCCAUUCCAUUGGUCAACAGCCAGUUACCUAUUUCAGAACUAGAUCAUUGGAUAACUGCAUUUUGUUCAUGCUUUAAACUGCUUUAAACUGAAAUACGUUACAACUAGAACUAGAUCAGUUGUACAUGCUUCUGUUGUUCAUGCUUCUGCAUUGAACUACAUUUUGUUGAACGUGGACUGCAUUUUGCAAAAAACAUGAACUUUACUAUACUAGAGUGAAGCGAACAUGGACUACAUUUUGCAAAAAAAA